AUGUCCUCGCACCGUCCCGCGCCGCCGUCCCCGACUACUGAUCCAGACCGGUAUGCGCCUUCCGCUGUUGCUGUUCAACCGCGCGACAUGGCAAACGCGAGCAACAAUCGCAAAUCAACUUCGCCACUAAGUACGCUCGCUGUCAAUGUCGCCAGACUUCCAGAUGGACCCAUCAAUGCUCUCUGUGGAGCCUCUGCCGGAGUGGCUUCGGGCAUUGUGACCUGCCCGCUCGAUGUUAUCAAAACUCGCCUGCAAGCCCAAGGCUCCUUUCGCCCACGAAAAUACGCUGGGCCUACGCGCGCCGUAUACAAGGGUCUCACAGGUACUGCUCGAGUCAUAUGGGUUGAGGACGGCCUUCGCGGCUUGUACAGAGGGCUCGGCCCGAUGCUGCUUGGAUACAUUCCAACUUGGGCCGUCUACAUGAGCACCUAUGAGGCCACAAAAGACUUUCUCAAUCCUCAGAUGGAGAACAAAUGGCUUGCACGGACGCUUGCCUCGGUCGCCGCCGGUGGAUGCUCGACUCUCGUCACAAACCCCAUAUGGGUUGUCAAGACAAGAUUAAUGUCCCAAGUCAGCGCGCGCGCCUCGGAAGAACAUCGCCCGCCGUGGCACUACAAGAGCACGUUUGAUGCUUUUCGAAAAAUGUACGCCAAAGAGGGCAUCGCGUCUUUCUACUCCGGCCUUACGCCCGCCCUACUAGGACUCACCCACGUUGCCAUCCAAUUUCCGCUGUAUGAGUACUUGAAGAUGAAAUUUACCGGCUUAGAGAUGGGUCAGGCAGAUGCUAAAGCAAGCGACAUACACUGGUUUGGCAUCGCAGCCGCUACCGUAUUGAGUAAGAUUUGCGCUACCUCGGCAACAUACCCACACGAAGUUCUACGCACGCGGUUGCAAACGCAACAAAGGUCUCUACCCUCUCAAUCGCACGAUAACAUAUCGUUCCAGGGAGGGCAACAUGGCAUAGGGCAUCAAACCCGACCCCCUGGUACAUCGUCGUCAGAUGGCAUGAUCAACAUGCCUCGAUAUCGCGGUAUCCUCAAGACUUGCACUGUCAUCCUGCAAGAAGAAGGCUGGAGAGCUUUUUACAACGGAAUGGGCACAAACAUGGUCCGUGCUGUUCCUGCCGCUGUUACGACGAUGAUGACUUUCGAGGGACUGAAGCUCGUUCAUCAGAAGUUCAAGAACGAGGGUAAGAGGAUACAAGAAGAUGAUUUGUGA